GGGAGAGCAGAGGCAACGCAUAGUGAGUCAUCGUCGUUAUAUAGAAUAUCUUUGUUCUCGGCAUUCCAAUACAAUACAGUUUGUCCCUCGUUCAGCAUCACUGUGGUGUUUCCUCAUGUACUGUGACCGUAGUGUGUACAAUGCAGUAGUCUACUGUGUUCCUUUCUUCGGGCAGCCCCAAACCAGCAAGUUUCUCCAAGGCUGACGACUUGCUAGGUUAUGGGGAGCUGUCGGACAAUUGCAAACAGCAGCAGCAGCACAGGCCUGCCGCAUUUGACUUGUCCGCUGCUUCAAAGCUAACGUCAACAUAGCAUCCGAGCUGUGCACAUGACACGGAGAGACGUUUAAACAUUAUGCGGAUACAAAACCUCAACAGAAGACGAAUGCAAACCAUGCAACGUGCAUAAAAAAAAAACAACAACAACAAAAACCUUGUCUUCCAUGCGGACUUUUCCCCACUCGCUACUUGACGAGAGUUCAGCGGUGCCCCUCAGUCCGCUAUAAUGUUACGGACGACCACAAGCCGUCUCCUGGGCAGAAGAAAAGCGUUACUCCCUAAGCAAUUGAAGCAGGACAUGACGCUCAGCUCCGUAACCGGUAAGAGACUGCGAGUUCUGGUCGACAUGGACGGCGUCCUGGCCGACUUUGAGGGGGGCUUCUUGAAGAAGUACCGGGCCAGGUACCCAGACGAGCCGUACAUCAACCUGGAGGACAGGAGAGGCUUCUGGGUGUCCACGCAGUACGGACGACUUCGGAGUGACCUCUCUGAGAAAGCCAUAAGCAUCUGGGAGUCCAAGGACUUCUUCGGAGAGCUGGAGCCCCUCCCUGGUGGGGUAGAGGCAGUCAAGCAGAUGGCCAAAAUGGAAGACACAGAUGUUUUUAUUUGCACCAGCCCGAUCAAGCAUUUCAAGCACUGCCCGUACGAAAAGUAUGCGUGGGUGGAAAAGCAUUUGGGUCAUGACUUUCUGGAGCAGGUUAUCCUAACCAGAGACAAGACGGUGGUCAGCGGAGACAUCCUUAUCGACGACAAGCCUGACAUUUUAGGUGUGGAGCCCACACCGACCUGGGAACACAUUUUGUUCACCGCCUGCCACAACAAGCACCUUCCUGUCAGCCCCUCGCAGAGACGCUUGCUGUCCUGGUCUGAUGACUGGAGGGCCAUCCUGGACAGCAAAAGGCAGUGACGCCCUUAAC